UUUGCUCAACAAUAUUGUAGAAUUCUGAAUACGUCACCAGAGGAUUCCCAUAAGUUCUAUCAUGAUGAAAGUAUUGUUGGUCGACCAGGUUUUGAUGGUGAAAUGACAUCUAUAACCACUAGACGUGCUAUCAAGGAAUACUUUUUAUCUACAGAACUCAAGGGAUGUUCGACGGAGUUGGAGAAUGUGUAUGCUCAGCCAUCGCAUGGGGAUGGUGUGUUUGUUGUGAUUACUGGAUCUUUUACUAUGCCUAAUACGGUGAAGCGUAGAUUUACUCAGUCAUUUUUCCUGGCUCCACAAGAAACCGGAGGCUAUUUUGUUUUGAAUGACGUGCUUAGUUAUAUUCGAACUGAGCCAGAAAUGCCUUCUUUCAAGGAGAGAAUGGGCGCUCAACAAAGGUUUCACCAGGGUGACAAUGAAGAUAAUACCGUACAAAAUGGCAGUGGCGACGACACAUCUGGUGAAAUGGGAGACGGGCAAUUAUGUGUCAUAUGCUUAAAGGACAGAAGGAAUGCAGCCUUUGUUCCUUGUGGUCAUCUCGUCUGCUGCUGCAACUGUGCAAAAAAAGUCGAACUCAAGGAUGAACCAUUGUGCCCUGUGUGUAGGCAAGACAUCCAGUACGUGCUUAGGGUCUAUGAGUCUUGAGGUAGUUGAAAGACUUUAUUCUGCCGGAGGUUUGACUGAUCACUCAUGACCUUCGGGUCUGAUGGGCACAGAGCUUGCUGAAGUCGUAAAUCCAUAUGUACAUAGAAUAUUUCCACAAACGAUGGUCUUGGAUAACCAGAGUUGAUUGUUUCGACAGUGGAUAUUGUUUGUGUUCAAGUGUCUUG